AUGAAUGAAAAAGAAAUGAAGGAAAUGAUAGCUAAUAUCAAUAAAAACGUGGACGAUGAGUACAGCAUGCAAUACAGUGCCAGGGGCUCCCAGUCCUACUACACAGUGGCCCACGCCAUCUCUGAGAGGGUGAAGAAACAGUCGGCCCUCCUCAUCAAUGGGACCCUGAAGCAUUAUCAGCUCCAGGGCCUGGAAUGGAUGGUUUCUCUGUAUAAUAACAAUUUGAACAGAAUCUUCACUGAUGAAAUGGGGCUGGGAAAGACCAUACAGACCAUUGCACUCAUCACUUAUCUGAUGGAGCACAAAAGACUCAAUGGCCCCUAUCUCAUCAUUGUUCCCCCUUUUGACUCUAACUGGACGUAUGAAUUUGACAAAUGGGUUCCUUCUGUGGUGAAAAUUUCUUACAAGGGCACCCUUGCCAUGCGUCACUCCUCCCUCGUCCCCAAGUUAUGGAGUGGCAAAUUCAAUGUCCUCCUGACUACUUAUGAGUACAUUAAAGACAAGCACAUUCUUGAAAAGACUCGCUGGAAAUACAUGAUAGUGGACGAAGGCCACCGAAUAAAGAAUCACCACUGCAAGCUGACUCAGGUCCUGAACACUCACUACGUGGCCCCCAGAAGGAUCCUCUUGACCGGGAUCCCCCUGCAGAAUAAGUCCCCGGAACUCUGGGCCCUCCUCAACUUCCUCCUUCCUACAAUUUUUAAGAGCUGCGGCACGUUUGAGAAGUGGUUUAAUGCUCCAUUUGCCAAGACUGGAGAGAGGGUGGACUUAAAUGAAGAAGAAACUAUAUUGAUCAUCAGGCAUCUGCAUAAGGUGUUGAGACCAUUUUUACUGAGGAGACUGAAGAAAGAAAUUGAAUCCCAGCUUCCAGAAAAAGUUGAAUAUGUGAUCAAGUGUGGCAUGUCAGCUCUGCAGAAGAUUUUGUAUCGCCAUAUGCAAGCCAAAGUCCUCCUCGCAGAUGGUUCGGAGAAAGGUAAGAAGGGGAAAGGAGGUGCUAAGACACUUAUGAACACUAUCAUGCAGUUGAGAAAAAUCUGCAAUCACCCAUAUGUGUUUCAGCACAUUGAAGAAUCCUUUCCUGAACACCUGGGCUAUUCAAAUGGGGUCAUCAAUGGGGCUGAGCUGUAUCAGGCCUCAUGAAAGUUUGAGCUACUUGAUCUUAUCCUACCAAAACUGAGAGCGACUAAUCACCGCAUCCUGCUUUUCUGCUAGCUGACGUCUCUCAUGACCAUCAUGGAGGAUUACUUUGCUUUUCGGAACUUCCUUUACUUGCGCCUUGAUGGUACCACCAAUUCUUAAGAUCAUGCUGCUUUGCUGAAGAAAUUCAACGAACCUCUGUCCCAGUAUUUCAUUUUCUUGCUGAGCACAAGAGCUGGAGGCUUGGGCUUAAAUCUCCAGGCAGCUGAUAUCAUGGUCAUUUUUGACAGCGACUGGAAUCCUCAUCAGGACCUGCAAGCACAAGACCGCACUCAGCGCAUCGGCCAGCAGAACGACGUCCGCGUGCUGAGACUCUUCACCGUGAAUAGUGUGGAGGAAAAGAUCCUCGCAGCCGCAAAGUACAAGCUGAAUGUGGAUCAGAAAGUGAUCCGGGCAGGCAUGUUUUAUCAGAAGUCUUCAAGCCACGAGCGGAGGGCAUUCCGGCAAGCCGUACUGAAGCACGGAGAGGAAAAUGAGGAAGAAGAUGAAGUACCCGACGAUGAGACUCUGAACCAAAUGAUCGCUCGACGAGACGAGGAAUUUGGUCUUUUUAUGUGCAUGGACAUGGACCAGCGGAGGGAGGAUGUCAGGAACCCAAAACAAAAGCCCCGCUUGAUGGAGGAAGAUGAGCUGCCCUCCUGGAUUAUUAAAGAUGACGCGAUGGAACGGCUGAUGUGUGAAGAAGAGGAGGAGAAGAUCUUCGGGAGGGGGUCUCGCCAGCGCCAGGACCUGGACUACAGCGACACCCUCCCAGAGAAGCAGUGGCUUAGGGCCACUGAAGACGGCAAUUUGGAAGAAAUGGAAGAGGAAGUAUGGCUUAAGAAGAGAAAAAGACGAAGAAAUGUGGAUAAAGAUCCUGUAGAAGUUGUGGAAAAGGCCAAGAAGAGGAGAGGUCGCCCUCCAGCUGAGAAACUGUCGCCGAAUCCUCCUAAACUGACAAAGCAGAUGAACACUAUCAUUGAUACUGUGACAAACUACAAAGACAGGUGUAACGUGGAGAAGGUGCCCAGUAAUUCUCAGGUGGAAAUAGAAGGAAACAGCUCGGGGUGACAGCUCAGUGAAGUCUUCAUUCAGUUACCUUCAAGAAAAGAAUUACCAGAACACUAUGAAUUAAUUAG